AUGGCAGCCUCCCGCCUGGACUUUGGGGAGGUGGAAACUUUCCUGGACAGGCACCCAGAGUUGUUUGAAGAUUACUUGAUGCGGAAGGGGAAGCAGGAGAUGGUUGAAAAGUGGCUGCAGAGGCAUAGUCAGGGUCAGGGGGCUUUAGGUCCAAGGCCCUCUUUGGCUGGUACCAGCAGCUUGGCUCACAGCACCUGCAAAGGUGGCAGCAGCAUUGGUGGUGGCAUUGGACCAAAUGGCUCUGCCCAUAGCCAGCCUCUUCCCGGUGGCGGGGACUGUGGUGGGGUUCCCUUGAGUCCCAGCUGGGCCAGUGGCAGCAGGGGCGAUGGGAACCUGCAGCGGAGAGCUUCUCAGAAAGAGCUAAGGAAGAGUUUUGCCCGCUCCAAGGCCAUCCACGUGAACAGGACUUACGAUGAACAGGCGACCUCCCGGGCUCAGGAACCCCUGAGCAGUGUACGACGGAGGGCACUUCUCCGGAAGGCCAGCUCCCUGCCCCCCACCACAGCCCAUAUUCUCAGUGCGCUGCUGGAAUCGAGAGUGAAUCUGCCUCAGUAUCCUCCUACAGCCAUCGACUACAAGUGCCAACUGAAAAAGCAUAAUGAGCGUCAGUUCUUUCUGGAAUUGGUCAAAGAUAUCUCCAAUGACCUUGACCUCACCAGCCUGAGCUACAAGAUUCUCAUCUUUGUCUGCCUUAUGGUGGACGCUGACCGAUGCUCUCUUUUCCUGGUGGAAAGGGCAGCUGCUGGCAAGAAGAGCUUGGUCUCCAAAUUCUUUGAUGUGCAUGCAGGAACCCCUCUGCUGCCUUGCAGCAGCACAGAGAACUCAAAUGAGGUGCAGGUCCCCUGGGGCAAAGGCAUCAUUGGCUAUGUCGGGGAGCAUGGAGAAACGGUCAACAUUCCUGAUGCCUACCAGGAUCGACGAUUCAAUGAUGAAAUCGACAAGCUAACUGGAUACAAGACGAAAUCAUUAUUGUGCAUGCCUAUCCGAAGCAGUGAUGGUGAGAUUAUUGGUGUGGCCCAAGCGAUAAAUAAGAUUCCUGAAGGAGCUCCAUUUACUGAAGAUGAUGAAAAAGUUAUGCAGAUGUAUCUUCCGUUUUGUGGAAUUGCCAUAUCUAACGCUCAGCUCUUUGCUGCUUCAAGGAAAGAAUAUGAAAGAAGCAGAGCUUUGCUAGAGGUGGUUAAUGACCUCUUUGAAGAACAAACUGACCUGGAGAAAAUUGUCAAGAAAAUAAUGCAUCGGGCCCAAACUCUGCUGAAAUGUGAACGCUGUUCUGUUUUACUCCUAGAGGACAUCGAAUCACCAGUGGUGAAAUUUACCAAAUCCUUUGAAUUGCUGUCCCCGAAGUGCAGUGCUGAUGCUGAGAACAGUUUCAAAGAAAGCAUGGAGAAAUCAUCGUACUCCGACUGGCUAAUAAAUAAUAGCAUUGCUGAGCUGGUUGCUUCAACAGGCCUCCCAGUGAACAUCAGUGAUGCCUACCAGGAUCCACGCUUUGAUGCAGAGGCGGACCAGAUAUCUGGUUUUCACAUAAGAUCUGUUCUCUGUGUCCCUAUUUGGAAUAGCAACCACCAAAUAAUUGGAGUGGCUCAAGUGUUAAAUAGACUUGAUGGGAAACCUUUUGAUGAUGCGGAUCAACGACUUUUUGAGGCUUUUGUCAUCUUUUGUGGACUUGGCAUCAACAACACAAUUAUGUAUGAUCAAGUGAAGAAGUCCUGGGCCAAGCAGUCUGUGGCUCUUGAUGUGCUAUCAUAUCAUGCAACAUGUUCAAAAGCUGAAGUUGACAAGUUUAAGGCAGCCAACAUCCCUCUGGUGUCAGAACUUGCCAUCAAUGACAUUCAUUUUGAUGACUUUUCUCUUGAUGUUGAUGCCAUGAUCACAGCUGCUCUCCGGAUGUUCAUGGAGCUGGGGAUGGUACAGAAAUUUAAAAUUGACUAUGAGACACUGUGUAGGUGGCUUUUAACAGUGAGGAAAAACUAUCGGAUGGUUCUGUAUCACAACUGGAGACAUGCCUUCAACGUGUGUCAGCUGAUGUUCGCGAUGUUAACCACUGCUGGGUUUCAAGAGAUUCUGACCGAGAUGGAAAUUUUAGCUGUGAUUGUGGGAUGCCUGUGUCAUGACCUCGACCACAGGGGAACCAACAAUGCCUUCCAAGCUAAGAGCGGUUCCGCCCUGGCCCAACUCUAUGGAACCUCUGCUACCUUGGAGCAUCACCAUUUCAACCACGCCGUGAUGAUCCUUCAAAGCGAGGGUCACAAUAUCUUUGCUAACCUGUCCUCCAAGGAAUAUAGUGACCUUAUGCAGCUUUUGAAGCAGUCAAUAUUGGCAACAGACCUCACGCUGUACUUUGAGAGGAGAACUGAAUUCUUUGAACUUGUCAGUAAAGGAGAAUACGAUUGGAACAUCAAAAACCAUCGUGAUGUAUUUCGAUCAAUGUUAAUGACAGCCUGUGACCUUGGAGCCGUGACCAAACCGUGGGAGAUCUCGAGACAGGUGGCAGAACUUGUAACCAGUGAGUUCUUUGAACAAGGAGAUCGGGAGAGAUUAGAGCUCAAACUCACUCCUUCGGCAAUUUUUGAUCGGAACCGGAAAGAUGAACUGCCUCGGUUGCAACUGGAGUGGAUUGACAGCAUCUGCAUGCCUUUGUAUCAGGCACUGGUGAAGGUCAAUGUGAAACUGAAGCCGAUGCUAGAUUCAGUAGCUGCAAACAGAAGUAAGUGGGAAGAGCUGCACCAAAAACGGCUGCUGGCCUCAACUGCCUCAUCCUCCCCUGCCAGUGUUAUGGUAGCCACGGAAGACAGGAACUAACCCUCCAGGUCAGCUGCAGCUACAAAGUGACUCAGCCUGAAGGGCCACUUUCAGUCCAGCCAUGUCAUCCUUUUGUUCUUUUAGUUCAGAAAGACCUAACAUCUCAAGAAUGCACUGGGAAGCAUGCCUGGGCUUUCACCUUGAAGCGUGAUCAGCAGCAGAGAGAGCAACGGGAAGGACAAAGAAAGAGGUGGGGCAGGGAGCACACCCCAGGACCCUCACUUUUUCCCUAAUGAACACGCAUGGGCUGAAAUGAAGGCUUUGGGUGGGGACUGUUUUGGAUCCAAGGAUCUGUGGACAGGCGGCCUACUUGCUCUGAGCUGAGGGAACACUGAACAGUAAAAGCGUCAUUAGCGCUGCUUCAUUUUGUAUAUGGCUUUUCUGUUUGUUAGAAGCCAAACACUGCCUGUCUUUGCUUCCUGUCCCUGCAUGCCUUUUUGUGCCAGACCGUCCCAAGAAUCCUAAUUUGUAUUCCAUAGAGGUAUUUUAUUUUUAAUCCUAGAGCUUCUUAUUGAUGGAUCCUUUAGAAUUGCCUACCUAAAAGUAACCUAUACUAUCCUUAUAAAUACUGGUCAAUCUCAGUUCUCCCCCUAAAAAGGAAUACAUAGUAGGAGUAUAGCAAAUGUGUUUGAUGGGUAAUUCUAGACUUGGACUAUGGUACCCUUUUCCAGAGGUUUAAAAUUCAACCUUCAUUACAGACCAAGUUUUCUCCCAGAAGGAAUGGAUUGAUAGAUUUUGAUUAAAGUAAGGGUGGAAGGAAAUCUGUAGCUGGAUUUACCACAGGUGACAUCUAGAAACUAUGGUUCACAGGACAGAGUAGAGCCAUGGAGACUAAGCAUUGACCACCUUGAGUUCUCCUAGUGAAGAGUUCUGAUAUAAAAUGUAAGGUUACUGCCAGUAACCAACUUAAAGCAAACUAUAGGGGUCCCUAAUUUUGGAUUUUUCUUUAAGUGUAAGAAAUAAUGCUUCAAAUGUUAAGAAAUAACAGUCUGGGCAAAGAACGCAUAUUCUAUAGGAAGCCAAGUUUACAAUAGGUAAGAAUAAACUGUAUUAAGUAGAUGUAAUGACUAGAAAGCUGCUUUGCUCCCUGUUUUGAGAAAUUGUGGACAUAGUAUAUCUUAUCCAAAGAACGCUGGGCUAGAAGAUAGAUUUCUAUCCCUAGCUUUGGCAUUAUUGACUAGAUUGACUGGAACAAGUCACUUCAUUUCUCCAAGCUUGUUUCCUUAUUUGUCAAAUUAGAUUACACUAGGAAAUGAUUCUUGAACAUGUUUUAACCUUACAACUCUUUGUUCAAAUAAAUCUUUCAACGAAUCCCCAACAUAUAAAACAUCAAAAAGCUGAAUUCCUAGGUGAAUUAUAAGCAGGGUUUGGACAUCCAGAGCACCUACAAACCUUCAUCUCUUCGAUUACAUACAUGGGGGUCCACAGGGACUCUGAGGAGUUUGAACAUCCCUGGACUAGUUUAAACCUGAGGGCCAUUCCAGUCCUUAAAAAAAUCUAAAAUUUACAAACCAUUUUUCUUAUUAUUGUUUUUGUUUGUUUUUGUUUUUUGAGACGGAGUUUUCACUCUUGUUGCCCAGGCUGGAGUGCAAUGGCGCGAUCUUGGCUCACUGCAACCUCGGCUUCCUGGGUUUAAGCAAUUCUCCAGCCUCAACCUCCUGAGUAGCUGGGAUUACAGGUGCCCACCAUCACGCCUGGCUAAUUUUUGUAUUUUUAGUAGAGACAGGAUUUCACCAUGUUUGCCAGGCUGGUCUCGAACUCCUGACCUCAGGUGAUCUACCCACCUCUGCCUCCCAAAGUGCUGGGAUUACAGGCGUGAGCCACCGUGCCCGGCCCUUGUUAUUGUUAUUAAUCAUUAUCAAUCAUUAACUUUACAAAUAUGAAAGAAAGAGGGGCCAUGUUCUACAAGGGACAUUGUUUUCCUGGCACACAGUAGACAAUUCAGGAAAUGUUGGCAGAAGAAAUGGGUAAAAUUAAGAUACCAAAAUGGAAGUGAGGGGAGAGCAGGUAAUUGUAGAGAAAAAGACUCUUCAUGGCAAGAAACAAAGUAAAAGAAAUGUAUAAACCAGACUAAGAGGGGAAUAAAAGCAAGCAAGAAGAAGAAAUAUAAGAACACCAAUAAAGGAAAGACGGGGACUGAGGCAGGUGGUUAAGGGAACUGCCAAAAAAAAAAAAAAAAAAAAAAGGUGAAAGUCAAUCCAAACAAAGAAAAAUGGCACUUCCAACCAAAAACAUGAAGAUGUAGAACCCUGUCAUCAAUUGCUGAGGAAAGAGAGACACUCGAGUAGGGAGGGGAUUGAGAAAGGGGAGAAGGAAGGAGUGAGAGCCCUAAAAAAUAAUGUUCCUAGCUACCCUUUACAGCUGUCUCUGCAGGGAAGACUGGAGAAAGUAGAGGGGGAAAUGAGUGCAGGAAAAAACUGCCUCUGCAGAGCAGGUAAGAGGAGGUUGUUCAGAUUUAUGGAUUUUAUUAAGCCAGUUUUCUGUAUCACUCUGCUAUAAAGGAAAAUAGCUGCUGCAGGGCUGUCUCUCCUCCUUCAGGUGAGGAACAAAGGGUGGGUGGAGUCAGAGACAGAGUCUGGUCUGCGAGAUCAUGGUGUGUCUGCAGCUCCGAAGCACUGCAGGUGUUUCUGGGUAAUGUGCCACAUCAUGUUUAUAUCACGAACGGGAAUUGAAAAUCAGUCUGUGUGGCAGAGAUGAGCCCACAUCUGUUAUCCUUACCAACAAUAAAUAAAUAAAUAGCCCAGACAAACGGAUGCCAGUCCAUCUACAGCAACAUUUUAAAGCAUGUGCUUUAUGACAAAACUGGACCCAGCAUCUGACAGAGACUGCAGGCUGCCGUGAGCACUGUAGCUAUCCUGAACGUUGAUGCUACCUAUUGCUAAGGGGAACAUAAUUUAUAGCACAAACCCUACAGCCUCCACUAAGGUUGAGUUUUCCUCUCAUUUCCUUGCCUUUUUAUUGGCUUCACUGCAUGGUUGCCAAUAGCAACAUCCACUGGUAGCAAGGGGAGUUCAACACCAUUGCAAUCUGCCAUAUAGUGGAGCCCUGACAAUGUCAACCAUCAAUCUAGUAGCUGUUUGUAAUUGCCUCCAUCUAUUUCUCCCGUCUUGAGGUAUCUUUCCUAUUGUGGGUCAAGAUUCAGAAACUGCUGACUAAUGCCAUGGGUCUGCAUCUCCAUGACCAUGAAGCAGUGGAAAGGAAGGUAGCAGCUUCCUGGUGCCAACAACCCCAGAGGUUAGAGGUUGAACUCUUGCGGGUUUCAGGCGUUUUUAAUCUCUUUUCUAAAAAAUUUAUAAUUUUGCUAAAAUGUGAGGCAUAUGCAGUUAUCCAUAUAUUCUGCUUUUCCAAAAAAGAGAAAGUAAGUUUCCCAGUCCUUAUUAUUAAUGUUUAUUUCGUAUUGGAGAAAGACAUUUGAAAUGUGAGCCUUCUUGUAAAAACUCAAACUGACCAGAUUAUGUUUGCUUUCUCAGGUCUCUUGGCAUUAAUGGUUGAAAUAAAUUCAUCCUACUUUUUGGAUGAGAUGUAUUUUUUUAGACAUGGUAUUUAGUCUUACUAAUCAGUAUGUAGCUAAUAUGUGCGCAAUCUACAAUAUAGUGGCAAUCCUGGUGGGUAGGGACAGCUUCACAUACUGCAAAGGGCGCCAUUCAGUGCAUAGCAGACUGGAACUCCCUCCUAGCUUGGCCACCAGCUGAACCUGUAAUCUUAGGACUCUCCAAGUCUUAGAUUCUCCAUCUAUUAAAUAAAAGUACUGACUUUUAUUCAGUCCCCACACCAAAGGACCAAGAUGUGUUUAGCUUUAAAGAAAUUUUCCAGAUAAUUUUCUUUUUUAUUCUUCUCAAAUAAAAUAGCAACAAACCUAAAGCGGUCAUCUUCUUAAUAAAGACAUAAUAAAAAGUUACAUAUUUGGGGUAGACAUAAACACAAUCAUACUACAGAUGUCUUGAGUCUGUCUCUAACUAUGAUGAAAGAUGUAGUCAUCAAUACAAUUUUUUAAAAAAUAUGUCCUUCUUUUUUUGAGACAGGGUCUUGCUCCGUAACCCAGGCUGGAGGGCAGUGGCACAAUCACAGCCACUGCAGCCUUGACCUCUCCAACUUAAGUGAUCCAUCCUGCCUCAGCCUCAUGAGUAGCUGGGAUCACAGGUGUGCACCACCACGCCCAGCUAAAUUUUGCAUUGUUUGUAAAGACGAGGCCUCACUAUGCUAACCACGCUGGUCUCGAACUCCUGGGCUCAAGUGAUCCUCCUGCCUUGGCCUACCAAAGUGUUAGGGUUAGAGAUGUGAGCCACUACACCCAGCUUAUAUGUCCUUUUAUUUCAUAAAAAACAAUUUUAGAUUAUCUGAUAUCAUACAUAUCCCAUAAAUGGUAGUCAUUAAUUUAAAAGUGAAUUUAUAAAGUAAGUCAAGAGAAGUUAAAAUUGCACAUGCAUUUUGUUUCUAAAAGCUGAGAUGUCUAUGCAUUUCCAGGUAUUGUAUAUUUGCAAAUACGUUGGGUUAGAAAUCAUCUUUAACAUUUUGUGUUAGUGUAAUAACAAUAUUAUCUAAUAUUAAUGCUACCAGAAUCCGGUUGCCUUUUCUGUGUAUCAAAAUUUAUCAUACUUUAUCCACUUACACUAGGUGAUUAAACAGAAUCUGCCCAAUUUAUUCUGCAGUAAAAUUAUUUUAAAACCUAUUUUUCCUGCUGACUCUUAGAAACUGCAGAAAGACAAAAACCAGUUUCAUCUCCAGUAAUAGUGUGAAACAAUUUCCUUCCAGUGGGACAGAAAUCUAGACAUAUUAGGGAAAGAUUUAAAUAUAAAGAAAAAUGUUUUGGCUGGAAAAAAAAAAAAAAAAAAAAAGCAAAACACACCAAAACACAAAAAGGAUUCAUUAAAGCAACAGAACAAAACCUAAUUUGGGACCCUAAAAAUUCUGGCGAUGCCACUGUAAUGAGGUUUCAUUAUCUGCUUCAGAGUAACAGUCUCUGAAAUUGUUAUUCUGCUACAUGCUGUAAAGAACUCCCAAAACUCAAAUGUAUCAGGAAAUGUAGAGGUUAAGUCUGACUACAAGAAGGCCAAAAUUGCACCAGCUUCCUAAGUGAAGAAUAAUAGAAUAAAACAUAGAGGGCAGAAAUAAAAUGAGGUGUAUCUGGAGAAUUUCAUGAUGAGCAUUUAGAUUUAGCAAUGCCCAAUGUCAUGCUGACACUGUUUGUCAUGACCUUGUCUGCAACUAGUAAUUUGGGGUUGUACAUUUUUUAAAUUUAAUUUUGAAUGUUCUUGCAUGUUUAGUACAUCUCUCUGCACUGCUAAAUUGUUUAUCUGCAAAAUAUAACUACACCAAUGUCAUUUAAUGUAUACACUAGUAUAGAAAUGUGUUUUUUUAUUAAGUAAAUGAAGUAUUUGCUGUGAAAAAAUGUAUUAUUUGUGGCCACCAUUUAUAUCUGUGUUCAUUUUCUGUGUGUAUAUGCGUGUGUAUUCGAAUCUCAAUUUUUCUUUUACUCUAGUUUAGAUUAAGACAUAUUUAGAUGAAAUUUUAAAAAUAGCAUUGGAAAUAGGAAACUAAGUUUUGUUGAGUCUCAUUCCCUUGGGGGGAAAUAUGUUUUCAACUGAGUUGUUUGAAAUCAUUCCCUCUGUGUAAAUUUUCCAGACUGAUGUUUCAUUGUAAGAAUAUUACAUUAUAGACCACUUGGCCAUUUCACAAGCAAUUAAUCCAUAGUUUUGGAAGUCCACUUUAAGAGACCUGAAUAUCUUUGUUUUUAAUAAAAUACUUAGAGUUUAACUAAA